AUUUUAUGAUAUUUCAAGCGGAAAAAGAGAAAUCCAUUGUUUCAUGAAGUCUCGUGCAGCGCGAGACUUGUGACCUUUGACACCGGCACACUCACACAGCACCGGCACAAGAUGGCGACAACGAUGUUGAGAUUGGCAAGGUCGUCUCACCGACUUUGCAGCCCUCUGGGCGGAGUAGAGGCUGUUCGGGCUCUCAGCACAUCAGUCGUCCACCAUGCCCCUGAAGCAAAGGCUGCAGCAGCCCCAGCCAAGACCAAGAAGACUCUGGCAAAGAAGGGGGUCAGGAACAUCGUGCUGGUGGAGGGGGUCCGCACACCCUUUCUGCAGGCUGGAACUACGUACGCCAACAUGAUGCCACAUGAUCUGCAAAGACAAGCUCUACUGGGUCUUCUGCAGAGGACAUCACUGCCCAGAGACAUGGUGGACUACAUCGUGGUUGGGACGGUGAUUCAGGAGGUGAAGACGUCUAACCUGGCGCGUGAGGCAGCACUGGGGGCGGGGUUCUCCGACAGGAUCCCAGCUCACACCGUCACCAUGGCCUGUAUCUCCUCCAACCAGGCCAUGACAACAGCUUGUGGCCUGAUUGCUGCUGGCCAGUGUGAUGCAGUAGUGGCUGGUGGUGUGGAGUUCAUGUCUGACGUUCCUAUCCGCUUCAGCCGCAAGAUGCGCAGUAUCAUGAUGAAAACCCCUAAGGCUAAGACUGCUGGAGCUAAGUUGGGACUCCUUGCCCAGAUCAGACCCAGCUACCUGGCUCCUGAGCUUCCUGGUGUGACUGAGUUCUCAACCAAUGAGACCAUGGGACACUCUGCUGACAGGCUGGCUGCUGCGUUUGGAGUUACCAGAAAGGAUCAGGAUGAGUUUGCCUUACGCUCGCACACUCUGGCAAAGAAGGCUCAGGAUGAGGGGCACCUGUCUGAUGUGGUUCCGUGCCCUGUGCCUGGUAAGGGUGUUGUGGCCAAAGACAACGGCAUCCGAGUGUCGAGUAUGGAGCAGAUGGGCAAGCUGAGGCCAGCGUUUGUCCGCCCACACGGGACUAUCACUGCUGCUAACGCUUCAUUCCUGACUGAUGGUGCCUCUGCAGUGUUGAUUAUGGAGGAGCAGAAGGCCCUGUCCAUGGGAUACAAACCACUGGCUUAUCUGAGGGACUUUGUUUACACAUCCCAGGAUCCUAAGGACCAGCUACUGCUGGGGCCGACUUACGCUACACCCAAGGUUUUGGACAGGGCAGGGCUAAAGCUUCAGGACAUUGAUGUGUUUGAAUAUCACGAGGCCUUUGCUGGCCAGAUUCUUGCUAACCUGAAGGCCAUGGACUCAGACUGGUUUGCCCAGAACUACUUGGGAAGGCAGACAAAGGUUGGAGUGCCAGAUGUAAACAAAUUCAACAACUGGGGAGGGUCCCUGUCUAUCGGCCACCCCUUCGGCGCGACCGGAUGCCGUCUGGUCACCACGACGGCUCACCGACUGAAGAAGGAGGACGGACAGUUUGGCCUGGUGGCAGCUUGUGCUGCAGGAGGACAGGGACACGGGAUGAUCGUAGAGCGUUACCCAUCGUGAGAAGAUGAAGGAAGCUUGGUGAGAGAAAGAAGAGGAAUCCUGGGAUAGUAACAUAUUCAGUACAUUCGUGGCCCACAUUCAAUAUGUCAGAAAGAGGGAGGUCGUAAAAUGAAGAUGAGAAGUAGCAGAAAGGGAAGGGCUUACAGCUUUAUUUGGAAGACGGUGAUGAUGUGUGUUGUUUCUGUGGCCUUCUUAGUGUUGUAACUAUCUGUAUAUAUGCUAUACAUACAGUGUUGAAUGAAAAUCUACAAACGAAUUACAGAACAGUAACAUCCUAAGACAAUGCUACCUGUAGUUAGCAGAGCACAUAGCUAACAGUAACACUCCUAAUUGUUCAACUACCUGUACGUGUGUAUUUUGCACCAGCAAAAAUAUGAAUUUGUCCGGCAACAACAGAAUGGGUUAUAUUAUCCUUCAGUGGUCACACCUGUCUGCUGUGAUGGAUUCUUGUGUUUGAUGUUUAUCAUGGAACCACAGAAAAAUUACACAUAUGGAAAACAG